GGAGGGAGGGAGAAAGGGAGGGGAGAGAGAGAGAGAGAGAGGAGCCUCCAGUCCCUGUCGGAGGAGGGAGCGACGGAGGGGCUGGUGGGGAAGGGACAGGAUGGCUUGCAAGCCUCUGCCAGCAGGACCCGGCAGGGAGAGGCAGUGACCCAGGCUGUGGUGAUGGCUGGGGCCUCAGAGCCCCCUCCAGGGCCGCGCCCGCCCCUGCCCCGCCUCUAGGGGACACCCCAGAAGUUAGCAUCAGUGCCACUUGGAAGCAGCCACCGCAACAAGUGUCCCAGCGAUGGCUGGGGAUUCCAGGAAUGCUAUGAACCAGAACAUGGAGAUUGGAGUCCCUCCCAGAGACCCCAGGAAGAUCCCCAAACAGGCUCGCGAUUACGUGCCCAUCGCCACGGACCACACCCGCCUGCUGGCCGAGGGCAAGAAGCCACGCCAGCGCUACAUGGAAAAGACCGGCAAGUGCAACGUGCACCAUGGCAACGUCCAGGAGACCUACCGGUACCUGAGCGACCUCUUCACCACGCUGGUGGACCUCAAGUGGCGCUUCAACCUGCUGGUCUUCACUAUGGUCUACACCAUCACCUGGCUCUUCUUUGGCUUCCUGUGGUGGCUCAUCGCUUACAUCCGGGGCGACCUGGACCACGUCGGGGACAAAGAGUGGAUUCCCUGUGUCGAAAACCUCAGUGGCUUCGUGUCGGCCUUCCUGUUCUCCAUUGAGACGGAAACCACCAUCGGGUACGGCUUCCGGGUGAUCACGGAGAAGUGUCCGGAGGGCACCAUCCUCCUGAUGGUGCAGGCCAUCCUGGGCUCCAUCGUCAACGCCUUCAUGGUGGGCUGCAUGUUCGUCAAGAUCAGUCAGCCCAAGAAGAGAGCCGAGACACUCAUGUUCUCCAACCACGCGGUCAUCUCCAUGCGGGACGAGAAGCUCUGCCUCAUGUUCCGUGUGGGGGACCUCAGGAACUCUCACAUCGUGGAGGCCUCCAUCCGGGCCAAGCUCAUCAAGUCCCGGCAGACCAAAGAGGGGGAGUUCAUCCCCCUGAACCAGACCGACAUCAACGUGGGCUUCGACACCGGGGACGACCGCCUCUUCCUCGUGUCGCCGCUCAUCAUCUCCCACGAGAUCAACGAGAAGAGCCCUUUCUGGGAGAUGUCUCGGGCCCAGCUGGGUCAAGAGGAGUUUGAAAUCGUGGUCAUUCUGGAAGGGAUGGUGGAGGCCACAGGCAUGACUUGCCAAGCACGGAGCUCCUACAUGGAUACAGAGGUGCUCUGGGGCCACCGGUUCACACCAGUCCUCACCUUGGAAAAGGGCUUCUAUGAGGUGGACUACAACACCUUCCAUGACACCUAUGAGACCAACACGCCCAGCUGCUGUGCCAAGGAGCUGGCGGAAAUGAAGCAGGAAGGCCGGCUCUUCCCGUGCCUCCCCAGCAGCCCGCUGCCGGGAAGCUGUGCGAAAGCAGAGCUGGAUGCUGAGGCUGAGCAGGAUGGAGAGGACCAGCUGGAGGGGCUGAAUGGGUCCCGGGAGACCAGGGGCUUGGUGUAA